ACGGAAGCACAACAAAAGAAUUUGGCAACACUUUUUCACUGCGCGACUACAUUCCUCAACAAAAAAUAUAGAAAAUAGCAAUUGUUUAACUAAAGAAUUGGCGCACAAUGAGCACGACACGUUUUGCGCGUUCCGGGCGCGUCCGAAUUUGCAUUCUGAUGAGCAUGUUCGUGGUGCUGAUCAUGAUGAUUGUCAUUUACCAAAUGUCCCAACACCAAUUGGACGAAAGCCGAGCCUUUCAGGAGGGCCUCAACGUUCAGAUGCAAUCCUUAACAGCUGAGAAACUGACGGCCGAGAAGAGAAUGAGUGUGCUGCGCACGGAGAAGGAAAAGUACGAGAACCAGCUAGCAGAGUCCAUACAAAAGCAACAGGAGACGGAGCGUGCCCUGCAGGAGAAGUUUGAUGGCCAGCUGGAGAAGUACAAGCUGCUGGAGUUCAAAUAUUCCGAGCUGGAGGGAGAGUGUGUCAAGAGCAAGAAGAAGCACAUUGAAGAUACGAAUUCAUUUGAUCAAAAGCUGCAGAAACUGCUGGCGGAUGUGCACAAAGAUAAGGCCUCCAAGGAGCACGAAGUGGCCGCAUGGAAGGAGAAGCAUGAUAAGCUGCAGCGCGAAUCGGAGCACAAGAUACAUGCCCUGGAGGCGACUCUGACCGAAUACAAGAGCAACUGCCACUACAUACCAAAGGUGCAACCCGCAGAGGCACCAGCACGAACUGGCGUUCAGCAGCAGUUGAACAAGCCAGCGGAAAUGACACCAACCACACGUCACUCCAGUCCGUCGCAGCAGGCGCACAGCAUUGAUAAGCCGCGCAACGAUAAAUCCUUCAACGCGCAAUUGCAAGUGAGUGAAGGCGUCUACAGGAUUGGCGGCGGGGUAAAUCUUCUAGCAACUAACCAACACCAAAACCAAACCACUAAUAAUACUAAUAACACUGCAACCAAUCCAACUCGUGGCGGCGGGCUGAUGGAGCAGAUCCAGCGGACAGUGGAGCAGAAAGAGGAACAGCUGCCACUCUUGCCCUUUGCCGUGCGCAACAAUCACAGCCUGAUACUAAACUCUGUCGAAAAUUUUCAGAUUGUACCCAAGUCGCUUACUGAAAAGCAGCAGCAAGAGGAGCCCCAGCUGGCCGGUGGACCCGUCUCGCCGCUGAGUGCUCCGCGUAAGAGCAGCACUGCGGGCGCUGCCGUCAAGAGUGCUGGCGAUGCUCCGAAUGCUUCAGUGGCGCCCAGGCUCAGCAGCAGCAGCAGCGGUCUGCCGCCCCUGGCACUGCCACCGGCCAAGCCAGAGCGCAAGCUACCGGAGAAUGUGGCCCCCAUACCCGACAACUUUGAAGACACCAAAGUAGACGCCAAGGGCGACGCUGUCGACCUGGACACGGCGGCCGAAGAGCUGCCCAAAAAUGAGAACAACAAUCGCUAUGCGAACGUUGUGAAUGAUCUCGAGUCCAAUAAGAAUUUGGGCGUGGCCCCAAAACCCGUUGAGGACUCGGGCGCACACGAAGUCAAGGAUGCCAUGAACGAGCCCAGCUUCAAUUUGCCUGCAGCGGGACAAAAUCUCUUUGACGGAGAGCUGCCAGCGCCUGGACCUGGCCCAGCGGCCGAUGAUGCUGUCAAAGCCGAAGCAGCCGGCGGUGGUGACGGUGACGACGAUGAUGAUGUGGGCGAUGUGGCGGUGAAGCAGCCGCAACAUUUGCUCGACACUGACAAUCUGAACAACGAGAUAGCGGCCGACCAAGGCAAAGAGUUUGCCGAGGGCAUACAUCUCGAGGAUGCCAUGGAUGAGGAUCAAGAUGAGGAUGACUACUCCAAUGGGGCGCGCAAGAAGGGAGGCGAAGCCAUUAGAAAUUAAGCGUCAGAUUAGAUUUAAAGCGGCAUGUGUGCAAAGGAUUGGCAACCUUUUUUCUUUAAGUUAAAGCCGUGCUCGCACAGAGCAUUGAACAAAUUUCCAUUGAACAAAUUCCGAUUAGUUUCCCCUUCAAAUCGGAUCAACGAGUACACGGAUUAUGUAUUAUAAUUGAAGACUAGAGUAAUAUAUUGACAGUGUGAGCACGGCCUAGGGAAUAGAUUUACUUAGGGGUUAAGUAAAGUUCAGUCUCAUUCAUCAUUGUUCUUUUUUACAAAUGGCAAACACCCAGAGAUGGAUAAAUGGCAGAAGCCUGGAUUUGCGUGUGUCACAAAGAUAAUUGCAUUCUCCUAUCCUAACUAUAGACAUUCUCAAGCAUAAUUUCAUCACAGUUUAAA